AUACUCACACUACGGUGCACUUUCCGGAAUGAAUCUGAGCGCAAUUGCGGACGGAAUUGGAUGCAUCUGACCGCAAUUACGUCCGGAGCGAAGUGGAAAAUGUUCCUAGUGUGGUCUGAACCCAUUCUUCCCGGCAGAAAUUUAAGGGGAGAAGGAAGAGGAAGAGGAGAGGGAGGCGGAGGGGUAAGAAAAGUUGGAAGGGCAGCAGUGGUUGGGGUCCCAAUUGGGCCGAUCAGCCUCGAUAAGAGGCAGCAGGUACAGUUGACAGCAACUGGUUUUGCUUGUGUUGGGAGUCCGUCGAAGUCGUCUGAAGCCAUCCUCGGGGGUGGAAAUUUAAGGGGAGGAGGAGGAGGGGUAAGAGUAAGACAGUCAGCAGUCGUUGGGGUCCCUAUCGCACCGUCAAGGGCCGGAAAGAGGGAUGAGGUUCAAUUGAGGAUAAGCGGUUUUGCUUGUGUGGGGAAUUCGUCGAAGGCGUUGGAAGUGACUCUCACGGGAGGAGGAGGAGGAGUUGGAGGAGGAGGAGGAGGAGGAGGAGGGGAAAGCGGAAGAAAGUCAGCAACAGCACAGGUAGUGGAAGGUGGUGGUGGUGGUGGAGGAGGAGGAGGAGGAGGAGGAGGAGGAUGGGUUGCACGUCGACGAAAGCGAUGGAGAAGCAGGCCAAGGACGAAGGCUUCGAUACCGGUGGGGGUACGGCUCGAACGGCGGGGAAGUGGAGCGCUUCUCUCAAAGGAGGGGGAGGAGGAGGAGGUGGCGGAAUGGUGCGACCGCCAACUGCCAGAUGAGAAGCAGGGCAGGAAGACACUGUCAGUGCUAGAUGAGAUGAGCACUCUCGAUGCGGCAACGAAGGUCAAAACGACGGUGAAGAUGAAGAAGAAGAGGAGGAGCAAGAGCAAGAUGAUGAUGACGUCAUCGUCGAGCGGGGAGGAGUCCCCCUUGUCCCGGCGUGCGACGGAUGAAUGGGGAUCUCGAGUUCUAGGGCAACAACCGGCGCAGAAGAUGGGGAAGGGGGCAAAGGAAGGGGGGGUUGAGGAGGAGGGGGGGAGAAAUAACCUGCCUGGAGCGGGCAGAAGAAGACGACGGCAGGGUUCGUCUUCGCACGCCGAGAGCAAGGGGGACAAUUUCGAUCGAGAGGUUGUAGUCGAAGCAGGAGCAGGAGGAGGGAGAGGAGGAGGAGGAGGUGGAGGAGGAGGAGGAGGACGGUUACGUGGAAUAGAUGAUGGUGGUUCCAUUGGGGGAGAGAUGACCAUCGACCUGUCGGAAUUGAUGAAAGAUCUGGAUGAAUGUGACGGCGGGAUUGGCAAUUCUGGAGUAAUUAGUGUGACCGGCGUUGGCGGUGAUGAGAACGAUAGAAAGGAUAGUGGUCGGGAUCCCCAUGGCAGUCUGGAUUACGCGAUGAAGGCGCCAGGAAUGAUGACUAAGAAGCAGAAGCAGCAACAAAAUCAACAGCAGCUAGCCGUUCAGAAUUUGCUGCAGUCGUCUGCUGCUGUCGUUUCGGUCAAAGGUAAUCAGCGGAAUGCGCAUCACCGGGCUGGAGGCGGGAGAGAUGGUUCCCUUUCGCUUCGAGGGGUAAGAGAAGGCCCGUUGGUGAUGCGCGAUAAUGAUGGCGAUCGAGGGGGGAAGAAGGAGGGGAGGGGGGAUUUGAUGAGCGCGGCUAUGCCGAUGACUGCUCCGGUUAAUGGGUGCGUUGCGGUGAAGCUGGAAGUCAAUAAAGCGGAGGAGCAGAUGGAUGAAGACGCGUCGGAGUCCAAGGGGCAAGAAGUGGAAGACAAGGAGGGUAGUAGUGGAAUUGGGAAUGGAGCGGGUAGGGGGGAGAGAGAGAGAGGUGUCCCGAAAGAGGGAGCAACGAAGGGGAUAGUGGCGAGCAGAAGGGAAGCAGUGAUCCGCGCGUUGAACACGCUGGAGGUGCCGGCGGGAGGCGGGGGGGGGCAUCCGCAGCAAGCGCAAGUGUCGGCGGAGUCCGCUUCGGCGGCGGUAGGAGAGCGGAGGUCGCGGAAGGCGGAGAUUCUGGCUGAGCGCCAGGCCGCCGGAACCGAGCGGUGUUCUCGAACCUCUCAGAUUCUGUCGCAAUUAGAGAAACACAAUGCGCAGCAGGGGGCGGAGCGAAUCAUGGGCGCGGCGAGGGGAGGACCAGGGGCGGGAGUUGGAGGAGGAACUUCAGCGGCGCAAGAUGCUCUCGGAGGAGCGUUGCCGGCGGGAGCGGCGGAACUUCCUCCUCCCCGACGGCAGGCAAAUGCGCCGCCUACACCAGCGGUAGUAGAAGACAGACGAAGUGCAGGCACAAUUCCGCUGCCGCUGUCUUCUCCCCCCCCCCUUCCCCCUCCUCCUGCAGCUUCGAAUUCCGCGCAUGCUCCGCCCGAUCGCAGCCCUAAUUUCUCCUCCUCCUCGGCAGUUUCCGCGAACAGAACAACUCCAUCUCCGCCGAUGUUUUCCUCGGCGGCGGAGUGGGGAAAUCAACCAUCCGCAUCCUCCCCCAGAUCGCCUGAUAAUCCUGCUACCACGGAGGAGACCGUCCAUUCGAGCCCUUCUCCGGCGUCUGCACCUCCUUCUCUGCCGGCGAAAGCGUCUGCUUCUCCUCGACGUAGAUGGCCACCCUCUCCUCGGCGUUUGCUUGCUUCUCCUUCUUCUUCAACUCCAUCCACUGUCCCGAUGCCGCUAUCGGGACAACAGCAGCCUGUCCCGGCUGCCGCCGCGAAGGGUGAGGGCGAGGGCGACCCGGCGAAGCCGCCGGCGAUCGAGUCCGGUCUGAGAAGCAGCAGCAGCAGCAGCUCUGUGGUGCUGCCACGUCGGCACGAAGUGGAUGACUCCAACGUGUCGGUGGCAGCGGUGCGAGCGAGUCUGAAGGAGAAAGAGAAGGAGAAUGCGAAGCUAGGAGUGGAGAUGUUGCCGAUCCCGACACGAACCCCUAGCGCCAAGGCGGUAUCUUCGUCGCCAUUCGCCGGUGGGCUUGCCCCGCUACCAGUCAGAAUCCCGCAGUCCCUCUACAAGAGCAGCGGUAAGGAGACUAGCAAUAGCAGCAGCAGCGGCUCUAGCAGCGCCGCAGCCACUGCCGUCGCGAUCCCAGCAACAGACACCGCGGCCGCCGCCGGCAAAUCUCGACCGUCCGUUCUUCUCCCGACGUCCUCGUCAUUGCCGACGCUGCCGAGCGCGCAGCAGCCGCCGCAGCAGCAAUCCCGACGGAGUUUGCCGCCAUCCCCUCAGUCUCACGGCAAGCGGAACGCCGAAGAUCCGCGGGUUCCGCGCAGUUUUCCGUCAUCGCCAGCCCCCGAUGAUAGCAAGAAAAGGCUGGGGGAGGAUGAUGGUCGUUAUCGAGAGCAACAGCAGAAGCAGGAGGAAAGCCAAAGCCAAACACAUGAGCAAGAUGAUGAUGAUGAUGAUGAUGAUGAUGAUGAUCGUCAUCAUCAUCAUCAGCAGCAGCAGCAUGGGGAAGAAGAAGAGGAGGACGGCGAGGGGGAGGGGGAGGGGGAGGGAGCGAGGCAGCAAAUCGCGGCUGACGGAGCUGCGUCCAUCGUUCGUCCGUACGAUGCAUGUGAGUCGCGAUCCCGUCCGCCGUUAUAUCCAGUCAUCGCGAACGGCUAUCAUCGUAGCCCGCUGCGAGGCGGAGGAGGAGGUGCUACGAACAUGGGGGAGACACGUGGCGCUUCGAGAUACGGUCGACCCCACGACAACUCUUUCUCCCCGGCGGACGACACGCGGAGCGCCGGGUUCCUGACUCCGCCUGAAUCCCCCAUGCACCCCGAGAUACUGGAGAGUUUCAGGGAAGUCUUCGCGGAGAUUGCGGAGGAGGACUGGACGCGCGCGCGCAAGGUGACCACUUCCGAAGAUGGCCAUCCAUCUACCACCGCAACUCCUGGAGCUGCCUCCACCAUCUCCUCCUUGUCUUCUGCUUCCUCCCGCUCCUCGAUAAGCGACGAGAGACCGGCUGUGGCAAAUGGGGUACGGUGGUGUCCAGGGGGAGAUCCCCUUGCCUCUGGAGGGGGGGGGGAUGGCUGGUUGCGGAAGGGGGGAGAAGGGGAGUGUAAGAAGGAAGGGGGGGGGGGAGGACAUGCAGCGGAGGAGGGCGCAAUGUCGAUGUCGAAGUUGGCCCGGGGAGAGCACGGUGGUGCGGGGCCGGGGCAAGGGCGCGCUCCGCCAGCUGCGCGGCCUGCGGAGACGGCUGAGGCUAACGGCGGCAGCGGCGGGCAGUCCACGUCAUCAGCAGGCGCGCAACGGGGUUUUGGCAGAGCGACAAGGCGGGACAGUGCCAACUCAGCCGCAGAUAUGGAUAAGGAGAAGGGAAAAGAGGUCGGGACCCCGACGCUGACGGAGGGGAAGCCGGUUUCGACGUCCAAGUGGAGGCUGCCACCAGGAGAGAAGAGCUGGGUGUCUAAGCGCCAGAAAAAGGCGGGAGGAAAGGUGGAAACGCUGAUCAAGCAGCUGGAGACGGCGAAGAAGGAGGAGGCGCUGCUAGAGACGGCAGCGGCGGCGGGAACGAAAGAGAAGGGGGAGAUCGGCACAACAGCGGAUGUUACCUUGGCUCCCCCGAUCGGUGCGCCUACGAAAGACAAAGAACCGAACGGCUCCACCACAGGCGCAUCAUUCUCGCGUCCGCUGAGUCGGACAGCUUCGGCAAGUUCCUUCUCCAGUGGGAAUGGGGAGGAAUUGGACCGCGUGAUCCCUUAUUCCAUGCCCAGCGACGAUCUGUCGUUCACACCAGCAGGUGCUGGAGGAUUAGGAGGAGGAGGAGGAGGAGGAUUGAAGAGAAGCGUGACAGCUCCAGCCCAAGUACCUAGUCGAGGACGGUUGAAGAAGCCUAGCUCGGUUUGGGAGUCGUAUGAGGAGAAAUGCCCUCCCAAUGGAGAGGGUAGGGUGGUGUUGUAUACGACGAAGUUGAGGGCAGUUAGGAAAACGUUUGAAGACUGCAACUUCGUUCGGGGAGUGAUGGAGACCAUGCAAGUGCCGCUCGACGAAAGAGACAUCUCGUUCUCGGAGGAGUUCAGAGAGGAGUUGAGGACACUCAUGGGACGACUUGUGCCUGUUCCAAGGGUGUUUAUUCGUGGAAGGUAUAUUGGUGGGACUGAGGAAAUCCGCUUGCUUAAUGACGACAAUGGGCUUAUUGAACUCCUUGAAGGCUUCGAAGGCAUGAGCACUGGGCCUUGUCAAGGGUGCGGAGAUCUCAGAUAUGUUUUGUGUCCCGAUUGCAGCGGCAGCCUGAAGUUGGUCGUGGACGAUGACGUGUCCAGGUGUCCGUAUUGCAACGAGAAUGGCAUGAUUAGAUGCCCUGUUUGUGUGUAGACAGAUUAGGAGGGGAGGCCAGCGAAUACAUAACCGCAACCACCUGCAGAAGUUUCUAGGAACACUCCACCCAGAUGUAUACACCCCUGUCAAUCAGAUAGAAAACAAUAUCAUAUUGAUUGGAUUGGGUCCCCCACAGAGAGGGGCUCUCAAGUCCUGACGGAGAGGGAGAGUACACCUCUCUCUCUCUCUAGACACAAAGGGCUCUCUAGUGCCGAGAGAGCAUACCUCCCCCACUCACUACACAAGUGCCCUCGAUUGAACUGCAGAGGGAGGUGUUUCUCGAGCCGCUACACUACGCACGAGGGGUUCUCAAGAGUCCCGAGCGACAGAGAGAGGAUGCCUCCCACUCACUAGAUAAGCCCCGUAGACUGACUGAACUGCAGAGGGAACGUCUUCCUCGAAUCUUUUGCCCCCUGAUUGAUUGGGGUCGGGAUUUUGGAUGUGGUGAUCGUCACCCUUGGAUUGUGGGAUUGCUGAUGCUGCUCGAAGAUAAGGUGGGGAGAUAUGCAUGUGCCACAGAACCGGAUUAAUGCCGUUCUAUUUAUAGAAAAAAAAGAUGAACGGCUUGCCACUGCUGUUGGUAGUAAACGCUAGAUCCGGAAGUGUAACAAUUGUGCAAUCCAUCCAUCCAUCCGUCAAUCAAUCAAUCAAUCAAUCAAUCAAUUGAUCAAUCAAUCAAUCAAUCAAUCAAUCGAUCAAUCGAUCAAUCAAUCGACCAAUCAAUCGAUCAAUCAAUACGCAAGUCGUUGAUCAAUCAACGCUGAGCACAUCAGUCAAUCAAUGGCACACGUCAGUCUAUCGCAUUAGCACAAAGCACAAAGCACGCCCGCCUUCACCCGAAUGAAAAGCACGGCCAUUGUAGCAAUUUGGGGCAACUUUCAGUCUCGAUAUAGUGAUAAUGAACGUGCGGUGCUUUCUAUUCGGGUGAACAAGCUAGUUUACUCUCAGAAUUUCAGUCUCGAUGUAGUGAUAAUGAAUGUGGGGUGCGGUCUGUUCGGGUGAAAACGUUAGUUUACCCUCAGAGAAAGGACACGCAAGAAAGAGAAGGCUGAAAGCAAGAGAAGUGCUCUCUGAAAAGAGUCUAGAAGACUCUUAACAGAGGUGGAGCUCCAAGUGGCAGUUGGAUAUUCGGUAUCUCCUCUCAGUGGAUGUGGAUGAUAGAUAGGCAGGGUUGCCAUAUUCUCUGCCAACAUUGGCCGCGAAUGGCUAUAGGUGAGUGACACAUGGGACUUGUAUUUGGCCGGCAAGACGACUACGUGGCAAGGAGUGCAAUGCCAUGUGGCUUUCAAUGGAGGACCAUCUUGGAUGAGGUGAUUGUGGAUGUGGACGACAGGCGGGUUUGCCGAGUGUUUGUGGAUCACAGUAAAUUCUCUGCUGCUGAAAUUGUAUUCGGCGAUAAACGGCGAUAAAUGAG